AUGGCGACGGCGACAGCGCUACGUCGCUUCGCGAUGGCGCGUCCUCGCUCGCACAUCACAGCCGUCAACACGCUGCGUCUUCAGCGUGCACCUGUGCUUGCUGCUUAUCGUGUGCGUGCCAACCCCUUUGCAUGUAGCAACCGCAACGUUUUCUGCGCCUUUUACUCGACUGACAGCGGCAAAGACGACGAUACGGAUGCGGAAAAGCCCAAUGAAGACGCGGAAGACGAUGGCGUCGAAGUCGUGAUCGACAACGACCUCGCCACUGUCGGAGAGGGCGACAAUGCCCCCACGUAUCCUCACGUGCUGGCCGUGCCCGCUCUCCGCCGUCCAUUUUUCCCUGGCGUCGUGCUUCCCAUGACUAUCACGAACCCAGAGGUGACGCGCGCUCUGAUGGCGUUGAAAGAGAGCGGACAGAAGUACGUCGGCGUGUUCCUCAAGAAAUCCACGGGAGACCCUCUGAAAUCCGGUGGAGGAGAGGACUUGGUGAAGAACUUAAGCGAGAUCCACCAUGUUGGCAGCUUUGCCAGAAUCGACAACAUGCUGCCAUUCGACGCUAAUUCAGUACAAGUGCUCAUGGUGUCGCAACGACGCAUUGCUAUCGACGAUAUCCGGGACGAAGGACCUCCUCUUCGAGUGAACAUUAGCAACCUGGACAACCCGACGUUUGACCCGAAGAGCAAGUUGAUCCGCGCGUAUUCGAACGAGAUUGUCGCUACAUUGAGGGAGAUUGUCAAGAUGAAUCCUCUGUUUAAGGACCACAUGCAGUACUUCUCGCAACGCAUUGAUAUCCACAACCCUUACAAGCUGGCAGACUUUGCAGCUUCUGUGACUUCAGCGGAUGGCGAAGAGCUACAGCAAGUGAUGGAGGAGAUGUCGUGUGAAGCGAGACUGAAGAAGGCUCUGGAGUUGAUUACCAAGGAGCUGGAGCUCAGUAAAGUCCAGCAGACGAUCAAGGAGCAGGUGGAGGAGAAGGUGUCCAAGAACCAACGCAACUAUCUGUUGAUGGAGCAGCUGAAGGCCAUCAAGAAGGAGCUCGGUAUGGAGAAAGAUGACAAGGAUGCCAUGAUCACAAAGUACCGUGAACGACUCGCUCAGUUUGAACCCGGCAGCAUCCCGCAGAGUGUGAACGAGGUUGUGGAAGAUGAGCUGAACAAAAUGUCGAUGCUGGAGAAGAAUUCUUCCGAGUUCAACGUCACACGCAACUAUCUGGACUGGCUUACUCAGUUGCCAUGGGGUAAGGCUACGGAGGAGAAUUUUGACCUUGCCAAGGCCAAGCAGAUCCUGGAUGAGGAUCACUAUGGACUUAAGGACAUCAAGGAACGUAUCUUGGAGUUCAUUGCUGUUUCGAAGUUGAAAGGAGACGUCCAGGGCAAGAUUAUAUGCUUUGUGGGACCUCCAGGAGUGGGGAAGACAAGUAUUGGCAAGUCUAUUGCUCGCUCGUUGAACCGCGAGUUCUACCGCUUCUCGGUUGGCGGUCUUAGUGACGUUGCAGAGAUCAAGGGACAUCGUCGCACGUACGUUGGAGCGAUGCCCGGUAAGAUCAUUCAGUGCCUGAAGUCGACGCAGAGCUCGAACCCGCUGAUCCUGAUUGAUGAGAUUGACAAGCUGGGACGUGGAUACCAGGGAGACCCAGCGUCGGCGUUAUUGGAAUUGCUGGACCCCUCACAGAACAGCGGCUUUGUGGACCACUACAUGGAUGUGCCUGUUGAUCUGUCUCGAGUUCUUUUCAUCUGUACUGCUAACGUUACCGACACUAUCCCUGGGCCGUUAUUGGAUCGAAUGGAAGUCUUGCGUCUGUCAGGUUACGACUCGCCGGAGAAAUUGGCCAUCGCGAAGGAGUAUCUCGUACCUAAAGCCUUAGAGAAGACAGGGUUGCAGAAGUCCGAGACGACACCCGAGUCGUUGGGCUUGACGGACGACGCUAUUCUGACUCUGGUCAAGCAAUACUGUCGUGAAAGUGGUGUUCGGAACCUCGAGAAGCACGUGGAGAAGGUGUUUCGCAAAGUUGCGCUUGAAGUUGUCGAAGAUAUCGAGAAAGCGAAGGCAGCUGAGUCCCAGGAGGCUGGUGAGUCGACUACUGCGGAGGACAUAAAGGAAGACUCUGACGACAAGGACCGUUUCUUGAUCUCCCCGGAGAAAUUGUCAAAAUAUGUGGGAAAGCCAAUUUUUACCUCCGACCGUAUGUUCGACAAGCAGUUCCCGGGUGUUGUGAUGGGACUUGCAUGGACGGCUAUGGGUGGAGCUUCACUGUACAUUGAGACGACCAAGGUGCACACGAAGGGCGAUCGCUCCGGUCUUAUCACCACAGGUCAGAUGGGCUCUGUGAUGGAGGAGAGCACGAAGAUUGCGCACACUGCAUCUUCACGUUCCCGAAGGAAGCGACACCGAAGGACGGGCCGUCGGCUGGUUGCACUAUGGUGA